GUUCGAGGUGUCGGCGCUGCCGGGCGAGAUCGAACUGAUUCGUCGGUAUCGGGCCCGCGCUCCGGGCAGCACCUGGACCCACCUGCCCGACCCCGGCCGCCUGCGCUGGGACAUGGACCCCGACCCCUGCGCCUCCCCCUUCCCCCCUGAGGAUUUUUCUCCCAGCUCCAAGAGACACAGAACUGUGGAAGAUUUCAACAAAUUUUGCACCUUUGUCUUGGCAUAUGCUGGCUACAUCCCCUACCCACAAGAGGAGACCCCCUUGAGGAGCAGCCCCAGCCCCCCCAAUAGUACUGGAGGUACCAUCGACAGUGAUAGCUGGGACCCCCGAUUCAAUGACCUCCCUUCUGCUGUCUCCCUGCCAGUCAAGAGCAGAAAGAGCUUUAGUCAGCUCAAGCGAGCAAAACCAUACGUUUCCCUAUUCCAGCGGGCAAAACCGAGCAGCUUUCUGCCAGAGCGAAAGCAAACCGAUAAGAUCAGAAAGAAGAAAAAACUGAAGAGAAGAGAAACGGAAGCGUCUGUGGAGGAAGAAUACGGGGGGAAGCUGCUGAAGCUAGAGGCGGAGGAUUCUUAUGUUGAGACCCCCAUGAGUCCCUCAUCUGAGGGUGAUCCUCAGUCUGUGACUGACCAUUGCUCAGUUUGGGACUCUGACACUCCUUCCAAUGUCUCGUACCCUCCUGAGACUGCUGAGCAGGGCAUGGAGAUACAGAGCGUGGGCAAACGCACGGUCAUACGGCAGGGCAAACAGGUUGUGUUUCGGGAUGAGGAUGGCACUGGUGAUGAUGAGGACAUUAUGGUGGAUUCAGAUGAUGAUUCCUGGGAUCUCGUGACCUGUUUCUGCAUGAAACCUUUUGCUGGACGGCCAAUGAUUGAAUGUAAUGAGUGUCACACCUGGAUUCACCUCUCCUGUGCCAAAAUCCGCAAAUCAAAUGUUCCAGAGGUCUAUGUCUGCCAGAAGUGCCGGGACUCCAAGUUUGAUAUUCGCCGCUCAAACCGCUCCCGGAUGGGUUCACGCAGGCGCUUUCUGGACUAGUGGAGGGAACUACCGUGCCGGCAUACUGCUUGGGCAGAUUAGCCAUGCAAAACACAGAACUCCAGCCAGGGGGGCAAGAGAGCUCCUCUGAACUGCAGUUGCUCAGGCAAAAGUGUCUGUCUGUGUAAACAGACAUAAGGUAUUCAAUGUCUUUGAUUGCCAGAGCUGGAAGAGGCCUGCUGGCCAAAAUUUCUGCUAGAGGCUGAAUAGCUUUAGCAGGGACACUCUAAGCACCCCAGGUUCAGUGGGAUUUUGUCCAGUUCAGACUAUGAAUGGGAUGAUGAUUUGGGAGUGUUUACCUUUGCUACCUAUCAAUUUUCAUCCCACUGGGAAAGUGUUAAGAAAGUGCAAGACUUCUAGGUGCUGAAGAAAAUAAUCAUCCUCCAGAGCAGGAGGAGAGAAAUCUCUGAAGAGUCUGAAAAUAAACAGCCAUAUGUUUUAUUGUAAUACUAGACCUGCCCAUUUGUCCAUAUGUAUCAAUCUUAAGAAUUUCUGAAGGCUCCUUCAGAGUGAACUUGAAUGCACACUGAACUCACAUGUGACUUGCCUCCCCUUCAGCUGGGUAGUAGGAGAGUAUCCAUUGAGUUCUAUGAUUUGGCUUUGUUUCUGGUAAAACCAGUUAGUUCCCACAGCUCUAUGGACUGUUGUCUUUAAAAGAGAGAUACAGACCUUUCUUUUUUCUGGGUGGGCUGUACUGGAGGUGGCCAUGUCAGUUUUCUUCCUUAGUUAAGCUGCGUCCUCUUAAAACCAUUUUCAUGAUUUUGUUUUGCAUGAGUGACUCAAACAUGAGGUUGUGGGCUGCCAUCCACUCUGUUCCACAGCCCUGUGUGGUGUCUCAUUUCAGAGAUCUCAGCUGAAAAGCAUUGUUUUAGGAGACACCAAUUCCCUUCCCUCCUCCAGCCCGGAAGUAAAGCUUGGGCUGCACAGUGGGCCUUGAUAAAUUAAAAUCUAGGAAUUUAGACAGACCUAGUUUGGAUUUGGGCUGUCCCCAUCUGAGUACUGGGGCUGGGUUUACCUGCAUUUUCAUUAAUGGUUUCCUGGGCUGGAUUUGUAAAUUUUUGAACUGGUGGAUGCACAUACAUUAAUUUGCUCCCAUUUGUAUAUUAGGGCAUCCAGCCCAAUCCUGGAUAGAUGGCCUAUGCAACUGGCAAGGUGGGCUGCAGUUGAGAGAACAAUCCAGAGCUGCAGAGGAUAAGGGAAUGCAUUGGGACCAGAAAAUGUUUAUAUCUUGUGACUGCCCUUUUAGGGAGCAGAAAGCGCAGUGGUCACUGGUCUAGAGAAUGCUUCAGGGAAACAAGACUGGUACGUGAGGCCACUAAGGUGUAGGCCUUAUUUCCUUUUAAAUGACCAAAUUGAAAAUGCAUUGUAUUUAUUGCACAAACUGGAUCUUUGUUCUUGAGAGAAUUCUCCUAAAUCAUAUGAUGCUUAAUGAACAAUGGACAUUCUGUCCUGUCAGACUAUUAGAUGAGCGGGAGUCACUAACUGAUGUUCAUUUAUAUCUGAAAGAAGACAGAACUGCCAGGAAUCAAUGCAGCAGAUGCUUUGUAUCAGACUGACACAUUAUUUGAAUAUUGAUUUAUCAGGAAAAACAUCCUGGCAGUGUCGGGGACCCCCUUUGGACAUUUAACACUAGGCUGCGCAGAGUACUAGAACAGAUUGUAUAGCAUAGUCCUACAAUGCCCAGGGCCUUGAUUAGAUGGGACCUAAUGAUGGAAAAGAUCCAUUACUUUUUAUCAUUAUGAUCGAACUGCACUAUUGUAUUUUACUGUCCAUUUUAAAACUUGGUGCAGUUUGAAAAGCCCAUAAAAUGAAUUUGAUUUAUAGCUGCAGCAAUUGAAAUCUGGUUUUAUAAACAGCUCCACUAAAAUCUAAGACAACCAUGAUACACUACCUACCAGAAGCUAAAUGGAACCAGGAGUUUGCCAAAGAUUUGCGUCAUAGGGCUGUCUUCUGCAGCCAGAUAAAUAACCAAAGUUCCCACGUGUUGCUGUUUUCACUGCAACAUACGAGGCUUUGGAAGAAGAUUCUGUUCACAGUCUGUAUAAGGGUUUGACCUGAUGCAAGUGUUGGCAUCUUUGUGUUUACGGCACAUCUGCAGUACAACUGGACCACUGUAGGAUAAGUUCCUGUUGUUUUAUGGGAGAAAUACAAGAAACUGCCAAGUGAGCUGCCUCUGUUUCUUAGAGGUUCAAGAUUACUUUUAACUCUUUUGACUCUUGUUCUGUUACCUUUGCAGAUUUACCCCAAUAGAUGGUGUCUGACAACCCCAGCAUGUUACAAUGUUAGUAGAAGAAGGAACAACCAUGUCCAUGUGUUUUGAGUUAAUCACUUUCAUCUAUGUAUGAUUACAAGUUAAUUCAGAGCUUUAUUUUUUCAUUAA